CCUUUUUUCUCUCUCUCUCUUCCCAAUGAAUCCCAAGGCCAUUCAUAUCAUUCGACCUUCUGAUCAUGCUGGUGGUGGCAUUUCAUUUAUCCGACAUGAGCCAGUAAGAAAGCUCAGUUUCCCAUCCAAACAACCACCUCCACCUUUAAAAAGACCCACUUUAUUGUACACACAACGGAGCAUGACAGAUACGAAACCAGUGAUCUUGUCCGAAAAGGCGCUUUAUUUACAUAAUCAGCAACAAUUAAGCCGCUCAGUUAUCAGCGGUAACGAUAAUGAUGACAGUGCUACUAGUGACGAAGAAGAUGAUGACAACCAGGAUGCGCGUACAAAUCGAAAAAUGGCUGAUUUAGAAAUAUCAAAUCAGUCGCUAUUAAUUGUCAAUCAAAUACUAGAAACCACCGUUCGGGAUCAAGCUAAGCAAGUCGCUUCUUUUAUACAACAACAACAACGGAUGACACUUCCCAUUGAGGAACACAAACACAAUACAUCUUUAGAACAACAAGAGGAGGAGGACGAACAAGAUUGGCAGAUGGAUGAGCAAUUUACCCGACUAAGAAGAAUGACUGAAUUCUUAAUUGAACAAGCACAAAAUGCCCUUGUUGAAGCAGGUCCUCGUACCACUCCAGGUAUGCAUCAUCGAAGAUCAGAUAGUGGUAGAAGAAGUCAUCAUCACAGAAGUCAAAGAUCAUCGUCUUCUCAACAACCUUAAUAAGUUUAUUCUUAAUUAAAAACUGACUCUUCGGAAUAUAUAAAAUAUAUACACUGUUUGAUUUUCAUGUGGAAAACGUGUUUUUAAAAGGUGUGCCGCGUUUCAUAUACUUUUUUUUUCCCGCGUUUUUCUAUCAAUAAAGCAAAACUUACCAAUGACAACUUUUG